AUGGCUACGAAGAAGAUCCGAUUCUUGUUGCUAAGCAAUCGAACAUUCGGCAAAUGGAUGUCUACAAUGCCUUCUUGCAAGAGUACUAGAGACUACUCUUUAUUCACAAAGUGCCAUAAAGACAAAAUUGUCCUGACCUAUGUUGAUGACUUGUUGAUCAUUGGUAAUGAUGAUCAUUUGAUCCAGGAGACAAAGAGAGCCUUGCAAGCAGCUUUCAAAAUCAAAGACCUUGGUGAGCUUAGAUACUUCCUUGGCAUUGAGUUUGCUAGAAGCAAAGAUGGCAUUUUGAUGCACCAAAGAAAGUAUGCAUUGGAGCUUAUUUCAGAUAUGGGACUUGCAGGGUCCAAACCUACAUCUACCCCCAUGGAAGUGAACCAAAAGUUGACUACAACAGAGUUUGAUCAUCACAUACCUUCAGAAAAUUCAGAUCCACUUUUGUCCAAUCCUACAGCUUAUCAAAGAAUUAUUGAGAGGCUUUUUUACCUCACAACCACUAGGCCUGAUAUAGCAUUUGCUGUGCAAUGCUUGAGCCAAUUUAUGCACUCUUCAAAAGAGUCUCAUAUGGAGGCAGCAAUCAGGUUUGUCAAGUACAUCAAACAAGCACCUGGAUUGGGGAUUUUGAUGAACUCACAUAGCCUCAAUCACUUGAGUGUACACUGUGAUGCAGAUUGGGGUUCCUGUGUGAACAGUAGAAGGUCUAUCACUGGAUAUUUGGUCAAGUAUGGUUCAUCUCCCAUUUGUUGGAGGUCCAAGAAACAAGCUAUCAAGCUUCUAGGAGUUUAG